UGCGCCUUACUUGAGGAGUGCUGCAGGAGAGGACUGAAAAUGAUGGCUGUCAGGGUCCCCUGGUGUUUUAUGGAAGGACUGGUCGCUUGCUGCCUAGCCUGGAAUGCAGCACUCUGCUGAGGCAGCUGACAGCAGCACCCGCGUACUUCCUACCGUCGGCCCACUUCAUCCUGGUACAAAAUUUUGGGAUCGCUCAGCAGAGAAAGAUCCUUCAAAGAUAUCAGCACUAUAUUGAGCACGCAGAAGGGCAGCUGCUUGCUACAGCCAGAACAGCCGUGCUGAAGCACAAGGGGCGCCACUGAGCAUCACCCGCAGGUCCUUGCAUGGGCCAGACCGGCUCUGGAAUAUCAAGUAUGGAACCAGACAGGGGCGGGCAGCAGAAGGCUGAGUCAGCAGGCACGGCCCAGCCAGACACAGCCGCGCCAGAUCUGGCGCCUGAAACCACAGGCCGCCCCAAACGCAAGCCCAGCACAGCGCCGGGCAAGAGGAAAAAGGUUCUGCGCCACGCCAGCAGCUCCCCGCCCAAUGACAGAACGGCCAAACGGCGUGCCUUCGAGCAUCCGCUGCCGGCAGGACUCAUCAGUCAGCCUCCUGUGACAGACGGCGGGGCACCUACGAAAGAACCGGGGGAAAAGGUGCGCGGCGGGGCGGCGGCGGUGGCGGCAGCGGGGCACGACAGCGAGGACAGCUUUGCGCUGCACUUCUCCACGGACGACGAGCAGGAAGAGGCCCUUUUUGGGCCGGACGCGAGGGGGAGGGGAAAAGCGCGCAACAGGCAGGGGAAGCCGUCACGGGUGAAGAGGAGCGGCAGCGGGGAGCAGGCCAGGACUGGCGGGAUGUCCGGCAUGCAGGGAUGUCAAGUUAGGCCGCCCCGGGGCAGCGUGAGCCAGCAGCCUGUCCCCAGCGUGAGUGUCAGCCCGCGCGCCACCUGGCCCCUCAAGGGCUACUCCUCUUCUCCGCAGCUGGUGGGCAUGGUGGAUCUGGUGCAGUGGCUGCGGGGCACGGCGAGCACGGGCGGCCGGGCGACGGCGCCCCCCUGCGUCGGCCCGGCCGAGACCGCGCCGCCGGAGUGGCAGCCGGCCGCCGUCGAGCGGCGCUACCGGGCGGCGCUGGCGCGCGCCCGGGCCGUCACGCGCGUCGCGCCGGCGGAUGCCGCUGACGAGGCGGCUGGCAUCCGCCGCAGCGGCCGCGCGCGCCAGACGCCCGAUGCCUUUGUUCCCGGCCUCGACUCCCCAGGUCUCAGGAAUCGCGGCAGGAGGGUGGUGGAAAAGCCGGACGCAGCUGGGGAGGGUGAGGAUGACGAUGGGCCGCCGGAGCUGCUGGAGGGGGACGAGUACCAGGCGGUGCUGCCGCAGCAGCGGCCGCGGCCGAAGCGGCCGACGGCGGAGGAGGCGCGCUGGCUGCAGCACCGGCUACUCGCCCCGGGCGCCUGGGGCGAUCCCUCACGCCGCGUCCGCAUCCUCUCCUCCACCGAUGCGUCAGGCCGCCGCUUCAAGCAAACGGAGACCGGCGCGGCAAUAUCUGGGCAGCUGCAGAGGGAUCUGGGUCUGGUGGACUCCCUGCCGGAGUGGAGCCAGCGGGAGAUCGACAUCUUUGAGGCGGUGCUGACGCGCGACGGCAAGGAUAUGGACCUUAUAGCGUCCCAGCUGGCGCCUGAGAAGUGCGUGGGCGACGUUGUGCGCUUCUACUUCUGCUCCUGGAAGGGGCGGCUGCUGCCGCAGGCCCAGCUUUGGUAUGAACGCAGGAAACAGGAGAAGCAGAGGGCGGAGGAAGCAGAGAAGGUGGAGGAGACGGCGGCAGGGGUUGCUGUGCAGCGCAAGGCGGGUGUGGUGCGGGCCGAGCGACGGCGGCAGCUCAAAAACGCUCUGUUGUGGCAGCGGGAUUCCAUGCGCACACCCCUGGACCUCAACACCACCCGGGUGAAGAUCCUGGAGCGCCUGGUGAGGGCAAGGGAUGUGCUUGUGGCAAAUGCUCUGCCAAAGUUCAACGCCAGCACUCUCACAGAGCAUAGGGAGCAGAAAAUGAAAUCUUGA